UUUUACACUUUUCAGCGUACGCUAUUGCUCUAUUACUCCAAGUAGUCACCGACUGCCAAAACUGACAGGAAAGUUUCUUCACCUCCUAACAAAAGAAAGCCAGCGACUGAGUCAUUUUCCUCCGGGUCUGUCCAAUGUAAAUCUGGACCCUCGUAUUGCGCGCCCCACAAAUAUUAGCGACCAUCAGGUGGCGCAAAGGAAUAGACGUGACGAAUUCUGAAAGAAUUAAGAGGUUUAUUUAUUUACAUCAUAAACGAGCAGCCCCGCAGGAGAAUGUAAACGCGUCCUGUCCAUCAUCCUCCUCCUCCUCCUCACCACCACCACCAUCAUCAUCAUCAUCAGUCCAGAGAGACCCGCGCUUAUUAUUAAAGCUCAGGUUCGCUUCACUCAUCAUCAGCCGGACUUAAUGAGUUUGUCAGUGAUUAAAGAGCCUGUGUGCUGAUGAACCGGGCUGGAUCCUGCCUCUUCGCCGCUCUGCCCUUAAAAUGGAGUUUGUGGAGAGGAAGCGGAGCAGGAAAUCGCAGAGCUUUAAACUGGUGAAUGAUGCAGAUUUUAGCCAUGAAAUGGAUGAUGUAGACCAGAAUGACACUGAAGGAGAUGCUCUGGAUGCUUCUGAGACCGAAGUCUGGUUAGGUGAUGAAGGGAUGGAGAUAAAGAAGCAGAUAACAGGCAUGAUGCGCUUGCUGAGCGACAAGACGGGGCGAGUGUACCAGCGGGUGGGACGAGAGGGAGAGACCCUCAAACAGGAGCCUCAGGAGGAGUCUCUCAGCCUGCCUGCGCCUCAGAGCCUGGCCCCUGAACAUCCCCAGUACAGCUGGAGCUCCGUCCUGAUGACUCAUGGGCAGUACGGCACCCGCUCCAAAACACAGAGGAUGCUCAACCACUCGAAAGCUAAUGACAUGGCCUUGCCCCCUGCGCCUGCUGCCAUGGCAACAGAGCCCAGCUGCUGCAUGUGCAACUGCAAGAGCACCCUGCAGGCCAUUCUGCUGGAGUUACGUACCAUGAGGAAACUAAUCCAAACUCAAAGAGGAUCCCAGGACAAACAGGGCUCCCAGGUAUCGCUCUCGUCCCGAACCUCCAUCUCCAGGAGGAGGAGCCGGAAGAGGAGGCCGGGUCACAGGGUGACAGUUCUGACCACGGCCAGUAAAAGAACCACACCUCCGUCGCCACCUGCUGAGAGCGAUGCUGUUCACGAGUGUAAUCAAUCAAGAGAGGACACGCCCCCAGCAGUGACAUCAUUUAUCCCAGAUCCCAUUCCCAGUGCCAAGACUCCUCCCUCUCACUACAGCGUCACCAGAGGCCAAAGUACCACAGAGCCGGAGGUGCAGUUGGCCGAGGAUUAUGACGUAUUUAUUCCUAAAGCACAGUUGGACUCUAUCUUACUGAACUACACUCGCUCUGGCAGCCUGCUCUUCAGGAAACUGGUGUGUGCGUUCUUUGAUGAUACCACGCUGGCAAACUCACUGCCCAACGGCAAGAGGAAGAGAGGUCUGAACGACACCAGGAAAGGACUCGAUCAAAACAUAGUCGGAGCCAUUAAAGUGUUCACAGAAAAGUAUUGCACAGCCAAUGGAAUUGAGAAGCUUCCCGGUCCCAGAGACUGGGUCCAGAUUCUGCAAGACCAGAUUAAACUUGCCCGUCGACGCUUAAAAAGAGGUGAGAACAUACACAAAGAGAAAUACAUGCAGGGCAAAUGAAAAAGAAAGAGAGAGAGAGUAGCGGUGUCGUACAUUAACCAAGGAUUUAAAGUUGUAACAAAGCUGUUGUUUCACGAUUGAUGAUUUGCUAGAUGAGUGCUAUUAAAAUAAUCAAUCGAUCAUUUAAAUGUUAAUUUGACAAAUGCUUCAAUGUCAUU